UUCAUAAACUAAAAUUGAACUAAUAUUUUACAACUUGUAAACGUUUUUCUAAUAAUUUUUGUUUAACUUUAAUAUAACCCACUUUGAUUAAAUAUCAAAAAAUCUCCCCAAUUUGUUCUUAAAAUUUCAUUAACCUAUGUUUUUUUAAUAGAAACUUAUAUAUGUUUAAUCAAAUUAAAAAUAGGAAAAUUAUCUAACUAAGAUAAUUAGCGCUCGUAAACAACUUUCAAAUCAGUAUUUUGGAAGUUUAAUAUUUAAAUAUAGUGACUGGAUGUGACACGCAGACAAGAGACUGCAGUGAUUCAAAUUAAUAUUAACAUUGACAGAAAUAACUAUCCAGCCAUAAUGAAGUUGAUUCAAAUAUUUCUUUUAGCGAUAGCUUUUAUUACAGCAUCAUGUAAUAUAAAUGAAAAAUUUGACACAGUUGCACAACAAGAGUUAAAAAAAUGUUUGAAUUAUUUUAAAGCUAAUAUUUUCAUCAUGGACGAUGGAGAUAAUUUUUCUGAACAUUUUCAAAAAGAGUUAUCUUUUUGGGCAUUUAUUGCUAGCAAUUAUUCAGAAUAUCCUCAAUUCCUUAGAUUGUAUAUCAAAGGCAAAAUGAUUGAAUUAAUUUGUCAAGGUUCAAAAGACAUGAAGAUUGAGACAAAAUAUUUUAUAGACACCUGCUACAAUAUAAUCGAAGAAUGUUCUUACACAUAUUCCUAUUUCUUAUUAAAAUCUUAUUACAAUGUUAGUUCAAAGAAGAAAAAAAUCGAUUUUAAAUUUUACUAUGGUAAAGAUAAAAAUGAUUUGAUAAACGUAAUCGAUUUUGAUAAAAUGCGAAUAAAAUACAUGAAUAAUUGAAUGCAGUUUUAAACUUGGCGUCAAUAAUAAUUUAACAUUAUAUUUUCAACCAAAUCAAAUGACCUUUUUUUUUAAUUUAUAUAAAUAUAUAUAUUAAAUUUAGUAUGAUUAAAACACAGGAUUAUAAGUGAUAUUAUUUUAUUUUCGAGAAAAUCGAAAUCAUAGU